AAUAAAUUGGCAGCUCCCCUCCCCACUCGUCGUCUCCUUCAAUUACACGAAAAGGAGAGGUCAAAACUAGCCGUUGCCAAUUAUUUCUUUAAUCGAAACAGCCGCUCCUUCCUUCCCAAUCCUCCCUUCAUCUUUCCUCUUUCUUCACUCUCUCACAACCAGCUCCAACAUUUCCGAUCUCUCUCUCUCUCUCUGAGCUGCUCAUGGCGACAUGUAUCAGAAAACCCGAAUCGCAGCUUCAAACACCUCGCGCCAGAUCUCCACUCUCCGAGAAUCUCUCUCCAUCAUCCACCACCUUCCCUCGAUCUCCUCUCUCCUUCAUCUCUCCUCACACCUUAUCUCCCUUGAAGCUGAGCUCCGCCUCUCAGUUAUCUCCUAAGCUCGUAACUCCCACUUCUCUUCAUGCUGAUGACGAUGACGACGACGACGACGAGGACAUGAGUAUUUGUUCAUCGGUUUCUGACACCAUAGGAAGAGGAGGAGUCAACGAAUUAUUCUCCGAUUACGAUCUCGACGAUGAUGACGAGGUUGUGAGGCGUUGUUACUACGACGAAAAAGAAGUUUUCGGGCCGCCGAAGCCCAGCUCGAAACUGAACAGAGGAGUGUUGAAGGAUAUGAAUCUGAGAAUCCAAGUUCCGUUUGCUAACAGAAGAGUCACUGACGGCGAAUCAAGACUCCGGAAACUCGCCUUGGCCAAUUCAACUCCCGGUAGCAGCUAUCUCCGUGAUGAGAGACCCCAGCAUACUCUGACCUCCAAGGGUUCGGUGUAUUGGGACGCUACUACUGAAGAUAUCGGAACCCCAAGUGCACCACCUAUAAUGGAUAUUGGACCAGAAGAUAACAUCGUGGAGUUGGAAAAGGAAAUUGAGCAGAUUGAAGAUGAGAUUUGCAGAGAAGCAGGUCUUGAGACUAAUCAUUUUGGCGAUACUGUUUCUCAAUUGUAUAAAGAUGCAGAGUUUAUUGAAAGUAAAUGCAUUGGAGCUUUCUAUUUUUUGUUUUGUGGACCAGUGUUUAUGUGCUUGAAUGUAACCAUGGUUUGGUGCAGUGUGAGGGAGACUCAAACUGAGGAAGCUGCGCAGACGAAGGAGAUCAGCUCUGAUGAAUUGAAUUGCAAUAGUAUCAGCGGUCAAUAUGCUUGGCAAAGUCUUCUGGCAUAUGAUGCUUGUGUAAGACUAUGUUUGUAUGCAUGGUCAAGGGGUUCUUCUGAGGCACCUGAGUUUUUGCGUGAUGAGUGUCGUCUUCUCCGAGGUGCAUUUGGGUUGCAUAAGUUUCUCUUGCAACCUCGGGGUGUUCGAUCAACUGAAGAAAGCAGAAAUGUGAAAGUAGAGCAAAAGACACCUUUGAAGUCUAAGAACGUGGUCAGAAAGUUGAGGGUGGAAGUAAAGAGACUCCGAUUGAUACCACAACGCAAACUAAGAGGCAUAGACUCGCUGCGGAGUUUAAUGAGCACCCCAAUGGGGGCAGAGUAUUGCCGGCAAGUUUCAUCACUUGUUAAGACUGGGAUGAGUUCUAUCAAGACGGCUACACUUUCAGCAGUUUCAGAAGAACAAUUCUCCUGCUACCUUCAAAUGAAGAGCGCAUCAGAAGGAGGUCAAGUUGAACAAGGAUCUUCUGUUUGUUUGCAAUCAGGAACUGGAAGUUAUCAUGUCUUCUUUCCCGAGCCUGAAGGCGACGCUCUUCUGAUAGAAGUUCAAGAUAAGAAGAAAUCAGUUCAAGGAAAAGUAACAAUCUCUGUGGCAUCGCUAACUGACAAUCCGAAUGAAAACGUUAGAUGGUGGCCAAUAUACCAUGGUGAACAAGACUGUGUAGGCAAGAUCCAGCUCUUCCUUGGUAGCACGACCUCAUCUGAUGAAGACUGUCACAUAAAGAGUGCACCUGUUGUGGAGACACUAGCAUACGAUUUGCUACUAGAAGCUGCCACACGUGCCCAAAGAUUUCAUGCUCAAAACUUAAGACUGAAUGGAUCUUGGAAAUGGUUGUUGAGCGAAUUCGCAGAAUACUAUGGAGUUUCUGAUUCAUAUACCAAGUUGAGAUAUCUCUCACAUGUAAUGAAUGUGGCAACUCCUAUAAAAACCUGCUUACAACUUGUGCAUGAGUUACUAGUGCCCAUCCUAAGCGCUCGAAGUGACAAGAGCUUGACCAGGCAGGAGAAAAGUAUCUUAAUGGAUUGUGAAAUAGAGAUAGAAAAACUCUUGGCAAAGGUUUUUGAGAACUACAAGUCCUUAGAUGAAAACUGCCCUUCAGGGUUGGCAGACAUAUCUGGUCCAGUACAAGAGUCAGCUUCAACAGCUCUUGCUCCAGCUGUUCAGAUUUUUUGCCUCCUUCAUGAUAUACUGACUCCUGAAGGACAAGAAAUUUUGAAGAAUUACCUUAAGACAGCAGCAAAGAAGAGGUGCCGGAAGCACAUGGCUGAGACCGAUGAGUAUGUUUCCUCCAACUCUGAAGGUUUUCUUUUGGAUUCCGUCACAAUUUCUACAGCUUACCAUAAAAUGAAGAAUCUCUGUCUAAACAUAAGCAACGAAAUAGAGACUGAUAUAAUGAUCACCAGUGAGCAUGUACUCCCAAGCUCAAUCGACCUAUCAAACAUAGCCGCCGCCGUGUACAGUACUCAGCUAUGUAACCGGCUCAGAGCAUUUCUCUCAGCAGUACCACCAUCUUGUCCACAGCCUCAUGUCAAUGACCUUCUGGUAGCAGUUUCCGAUUUUGAAAGGAACCUUGAUUCAUGGGGCAUCAGUCCAGUACAGGGUGGUAUAGACUCUAGGGGAUUAUUCCAUAACUACAUAAUGGUUUGGAUACAUGAUAUGGAACUCAGGCUACUUGACCGAUGCAAAGCAGAAAAGGUUCCUUGGUCUGGUGUAAUAACAAACCACUCAACAUCACCGUUUGCUGAAGACAUGUAUGAGAGAAUAAAAGAUUCUCUUAUGGAGUAUGAAGUGGUGAUUAGUAGAUGGCCACAAUACACAUUAAUUUUGGAAAACACUGCCUCAAUCGUAGAGAGAGCGAUUGUUAAAUCUCUUGAGAAACAAUACAGUGAUAUAUUGACUCCCUUGAAAGACAGCAUUCCAAAGAGACUGAAUAUGCAUGUUCAGAAGCUGACAAGAAGGCAAUCAACAGCUCUGUACUCCGUUCCAACUCAAAUGGGAACUUUUGUCAACACCAUAAAGAGAAUUCUUGAUGUUCUACAUCAGAGAGUUGAGGAUAUUUUGAGACAAUGGGCAUCGUGUCUUCCUGUCAUUGAGGAUAAGAAGUCACUCUUUGGGGAGCAGAUGAAUGUGAUCACAGUCUUGCUGAGAACAAAAUACAGGAACUACAUGCAGGCUGCGGUUGAUAAACUUGUCAGCAACACACAAUCAAACAAAACCACAAGGCUGAAGAGGAUCUUAGAGGAGAUAAGAGAAAACGAGAGAGAAGUCGAAGUGCGUGAACGUAUGAAGAUGUUAUGCUCGCAAAUCACAGACUCAAUCUCAAACAUGCACGAUGUCUUCACAAGUCAGAUAUUUGUGGCGUCAUGCCGUCUUUUCUGGGAUAGAAUGGCGCAGGUGGUGUUGAAGUUUCUUGAGGGAAGAAAGGAGAAUGAAGUAGGCUACAAAGGCUCUUACUAUGCUCUUGGAAUAGUGGAAGACACGUUCGCAUCAGAGAUGCAGAGGCUGCAAGGGAACUCGCUACAGGAAAAGGAUAUGGAGGCUCCUCGUUCGGUGAUCGAGGCACGUUCCAUUCUCUCUAGAGACACGACCAAUCACUCUUCUUACUUCUAUGUCUAGACCAGUGUCCACUAUAUGUGUAUAUACACAAAGUCUCAAUUCUUUUUCCAUUCAUUGUUUUGAUAUAUCGUACAUAUAUACUUAUUAAAAAAACUAUUCAACAAGUUUUAAAUGGUCAAGAACAA